AUCAGAAUGGAAUUUGGAUUCGAUGAGAUUAUGAAUUUGUUUUUGGCAUCCUUGACGUCCCCAACUCCAUUGUCGGACAUCAUCUUAAAGAAAACAAGAAACACAAUCUCUGCAAUGCCGGAAUCUAAACCAAAGAUUCCAUCACAUGAUGUUAAACAAGAAGAAAAUCCUAAACAAGAAGAAAAUCCCAACUCUAAGAAUCUAAGCUUGAAAAUGACGAUACAAAAAUCUACUGGCAAGCUGCUGUAUGCCGAAGCCAAGAAAGAGUUCGUAGAGUUUCUGUUUAGUCUCCUCUUUAUCCCACUAGGAGGAGUUGGGAAUCUUCUUGGAGGUAACACUAGUUUUAAGGCCAUCGACAACUUGUACCGGAGCACAGCCAACGGAGAGAUCUUCGACUCCGGAGAUAUAAAGGAGAGACUAAUGAAAUUUAAUCUGGUUCAUGGCUGUAUUUCCGAAAGCCACAUUCUUCCCAUCACUGAAGAAAAUUGGCACAAAGAUUUCAAGUCGUUUACUUCUGCUAAGUUUCCUAAUGGCAAGGGGAGUUAUCUUCAACGACCAACUUAUAAGGUGAUGGAUGAUUUAACUGUUGUGCCCUAUUGCUUAGUCUCCAUCCUUUGUUGUCUCAAUGAGCAGAAGAUCCUGAUAUCUGAUGUCAAAGAAGUCGAGCUGCAAAUCGGAUUGAAAGAGGGUUUGAGCAUAUUGAAAGCAUCUCUUACAUCCACUUCUGCUCUCUCCGAUGCUCUGCUCAGUCAAACAUUGAACAAACGGCCUCUUACGUCCACUCCUGCUCUCUCCGGUGCUCAGCCCAGUCGAAUAUUGAACAAACGACCGAAGACUGAAGUCUGAGUCGUCUCUAUACGCAGGGGCGGACGCAGAAAAAAUCUUUUGUGGGAGCUAUGUUUUCAAAUUUUUCUUUGAGAAUAUACAUUUUUCAUGAGAUUUGGUUCAUUAAUUGGGGCUUUUAUAAAACAAUUUUGCACAAAUUCAGUUAUUUAAAGAUCCUAUAAAGUAGAUUUCUUUUU